AAACAGAAUUUCCCUUCCACCUCAGAUUGCUCGUCUCAUUACCUACCUUCUUCUCUGAUUGUUGUUCGUGAUUCUGCGAGUAAGAUGUCUGGACGUGGAAAGGGAGGCAAGGGUUUGGGAAAGGGAGGAGCGAAACGACACCGUAAGGUGUUGCGUGACAACAUUCAGGGAAUAACGAAGCCUGCCAUUCGGCGUUUGGCUCGUAGAGGUGGUGUCAAGCGUAUAAGCGGUCUAAUCUACGAAGAGACUCGCGGUGUUCUGAAGAUCUUUCUUGAGAACGUGAUUCGUGACGCAGUUACGUACACCGAGCACGCCAGAAGAAAGACGGUUACGGCAAUGGAUGUGGUUUAUGCUCUUAAGAGACAGGGAAGAACCCUCUAUGGAUUUGGGGGCUAGGUUUAAGUUUCUUUAUUCAGUUUAGAGAAGCUAUCGGUCAAGUUGGGUCUGUUAAAGAAGUGGUGUUUUAGGAUUAGUGACUACAAUGAUAUUAAUUGUUGUGUUGUUCUUGAUGUCUAGUUUGUAAUUUAAUCCUUAUAGCUUGAAUAUUAAAAUGUUAUGUUCAUUUCUUCUA